AUGGCCCACUCCCAGGAGACCUGCUUUCCCUUUGGGUCUACUGAGAACCUCUGGGAGGAAACUCUGAUAGAGAAGGUGGAGGACAGUGGGAAUGAGGUUGGAGAGUGGGAGAGGCCCUGGAAUGCUGGUACUUCUGCACCUGGCAGUCACUCAGAGGCGAAGCAGCCUAAAAAGACUAAGAAAUCCACAAAAGAUGAUAAACCUCAGAAGAAGGGGAAGCCAACCUCAACGCCACCAAUCUCAAAGGCCAAAGCAGAGGCUGAAACUCUGGAUCCUGUUGAGACACAAGCAGCAGAUAAGGCCGAUGUGAAAGAGAAACAAUCCCCCCCAAACCAAAAAAAGCUCCCUAACAAUGAUAUGACAGUCUUGAAGAUUCAGGCCUGGUGGCGGGGCACACUGGUACGUCGGACACUGCUGCAUGCAGCCCUCUGCGCCUGGAUCAUUCAGUGCUGGUGGCGGUUGAUCCUGUCCAGGCUCCUGGAGAAACGGCGGCGGGUGGUGCUGGAGAACUUCUCGCGGAAGGAGUGGGCAGCAGUCACACUACAGUCCUGGGCCCGCAUGUGGCGCAUCCGCCGGCGCUACUGCCAGGUGCUCAACGCUGUCCGCAUCAUCCAGGCCUACUGGAGGUGUCAUUCCUGUGCUACCAGGGGUCUCAUCAAGGGCCACUACAGAGUCACGGCCAACCAGCUGCAUCUUGAGCUGGAGAUCUUGCUGGGCUCAGGGCCCUGCAUUGUGACGGAGUGUAUUCCCCUCCCCAUAAAGCACUGAAGUGGUCUUUUCCA